AUGGCAAAGACGCUAAGAGCAUUAGCCGAUAUCAAGCGAAUGCCGUCGAAAAAACGACCUUGGAUAUACCUUCGCCUCUUCUACACAGAAACAGCCCUCGGGUGGGAGUCGUCUGACUUUGCCUAUGGGAACAUGCCUCUUGUCUUUGCAACUGCCAUGCUGUUUACUUUCUCCUGUCUGGCCGUCGUCCGCCGGCUCCGCUCCUAUCGUUCCCUGAUCGACUUCCCUACCACUCUGGCAAUAAGCGUGAUCUGUGUCCCGGCCUUUAUUGCCCUUAUGUAUAUGAUCGGAAAAUACUCGUUAUCCCCCCUACAUGGAGUUGCGGAGAUAGCUCCAUACGGAUGUUGUACGCAGGGAAUGGUGUUCCCAGGGAUCAGGUCGAUGGUCUUAGAGCUUAUCUUCAAAAGAGGAGCCAUGGGCACACGGAUACCAUGA